GGGCGGGGGAAGAUGGCGGAGCUCGGUAAGAAGUACUGCGUGUACUGCCUGGCCGAGGUGAGCCCGCUGCGCUUCCGCUGCACCGAGUGCCAGGACAUCGAGCUGUGCCCCGAGUGCUUCUCGGCCGGCGCCGAGAUCGGCCACCACCGCCGCUACCACGGCUACCAGCUGGUGGACGGCGGGCGCUUCACGCUGUGGGGGCCCGAGGCAGAGGGCGGCUGGACCAGCCGCGAGGAGCAGCUGCUGCUGGAUGCCAUCGAGCAGUUCGGCUUCGGAAACUGGGAAGACAUGGCCGCUCACGUCGGAGCUUCCCGCACGCCGCAGGAGGUGAUGGAGCAUUACGUAAGCAUGUACAUCCACGGAAACCUGGGGAGAGCCUGCAUCCCCGACACCAUCCCCAACCGGGUGACCGACCACACGUGCCCCGGCGGAGGGCCCCUGUCCCCCAGCCUCACCACCCCCUUGCCUCCCCUAGACAUCUCGGUGGCCGAGCAGCAGCAGCUGGGCUACAUGCCGCUGCGUGACGACUAUGAGAUCGAGUACGACCAGGACGCCGAGACGCUCAUCAGCGGGCUCUCGGUCAACUACGACGACGAGGACGUGGAGAUCGAGCUGAAGCGCGCGCACGUGGACAUGUACGUCCGCAAGCUCAGGGAGAGGCAGCGGCGCAAGAACAUCGCGCGCGACUACAACCUGGUGCCCGCCUUCCUGGGCAAGGACAAGAAGGACAAGGAGCGGCCGGCCAAGCGCAAGGUCACCAAGGAGGAGAAGGAGCUGCGGCUGAAGCUGCGGCCGCUCUACCAGUUCAUGUCGUGCAAGGAGUUCGACGACCUGUUUGAGGGCAUGCACAAGGAGAAGAUGCUGCGGGCCAAGAUCCGCGAGCUGCAGCGCUACCGGCGCAACGGCAUCACCAAGCUCGAGGAGUCGGCCGAGUACGAGGCGGCGCGGCACAAGCGCGAGAAGAGGAAGGAGAACAAGAGCGCGGCCGGCGCCAAGAGGGGCAGGGAGGACGGCAAGGACGGCGAGUUCGCAGCCAUCGAGCACCUGCCAGGCUUUGAGCUUCUGUCGGACCGCGAGAAGGUGCUCUGCAGCUCCUUGAACCUGAGCCCCGCGCGCUACGUGACCGUGAAGACCAUCAUCAUCAAAGACCACCUGCAGAAGCGGCAGGGGAUCCCCUCCAAAAGCCGCCUUCCUAGUUACUUGGACAAAGUCCUAAAAAAAAGGAUUUUAAAUUUCCUCACGGAGAGCGGGUGGAUAUCCAGGGAUGCGUCCUGAAAGCGCGUGGCUUUGCGGGCGGGCGCCGGCCGGCGAGCCCCAAGGACUUGGGGUGAGGGAGCGGCAGGAGAUGCUUCCCCCCCCUCCCCCCGCCGCCCCGUUGUUGCUCUUUUUUAAACAAAUUGAGUUCCUUUCUUUUAGGCUAUCAAUUCUUUUCAUGGUCCUCUGAAAAAGAAGCAAUAGUAACGAUUUUAUGUCGGAUCAUGGGGGAAGCCGAUAUAUGUAUAUUUUAACUUAGUUCUAAAGUCAUACCUUAAGAUGACGAUUUGCCUUUACGUGUUCAGUUUGGGGAAUAUUAUGAGAUUGGGCCAUUUCCUUUUGUGUCUUCCCUUUGGUACGCGACUCUUGGGCUGUGGGUAAGAGGAGCAGCUUUCUGCCGGGCCCGCCAGCCACCAGCUUGACCCUGUGACGUGACCUGUGGCUGGCUGCCAGGGACGCCCUCAGGGGGCCCGCUGCCACCCCCACGGACACCCCAGCACAGCCCCAGCACGCGGCACUUUAAGUGGGGGCCGGGGCGGGGCAGGUGGGCAGCGAGGCUGGAGAACCACGGGAUGUUUCCCCGGGAGCCUCAGAGGAAGGGUCGGGUGGAACACAGUGUCCAAGCGAGCUUCCCCUUGACUCCUGGCAGCGGGCAGUCGGAGCCUGCCGAUGCCGAGCCCGGAAACCACCCCUUGCCUCACUUACCGGGGGCAGAGCCUGCGGGCUCACGCGGGCAGGCUCCCUGGUGUGUGGAGGGGGGCUCCGGGGGCGCUGGCAGGACUGGCAUGGGCGCCAGGACUCAGAGCCAGUCUUCCAGGGGGCUGCUGCUUGCCACCCUUAGGACUUGCAGUACCGAGCACCCCAUUUGACUGGGAAGAACUCGUUUUAGAAAUUGGAGGAGGGCUCUGAGUUCUGGAGUCCGCGUCCUCCAGGAUUUCAUGGCGGUUGCAAUGACCUUUUCCACUGCAACCCUGACCUUGACCGUGCUGGCCUGGCUAAGCGUCUUACUUCCGGUGGUGCCCAGCGCUCUGCGGACCAGAGCUGGACUGGGCUGCUCGCGCAGCAGGCUCUGGCAGCGCAGGAGGGGGCCUCCGGGGCGAGGCCCUGCGUGGCUUCUCUGGGUCCCCGUCUUGGGCCGCUCAGCUUGUGCCCAGCCCUGCUGUCUGCAGGUGCCCCGCUUCCGUGGAUGGACACGGUACCUUCCUCCUGGAACUUGAGUCAGUCAUUUGUCUUCCUGCUGCUCAGGGUUGGUUCUCCUGUCUAAGGCCCUGCUUUAGAGUCGGGGUGACUGCAGACCCCAGCCCUCCAUUCUUCCUGGAGCCCAUCCUGCCUCUCCUGCCCCCCCAUAGCUACCAAGAGACUGUUUACCUCCCAGAAUGCUGGGGCUUGAAGUUACAUUAAAGUGAAGCUAUUUGAAAGACGAAAGAAAAAAAGACCCUCAUCAUUUCCAAGGACUUAAUUACGGUGCCUUUUCCUUUCUUUUUACAUUCUUCUGUCCCCCAGGGUAAAUUUUUCAGCAUUAAA